ACUUCCGUCUGUUUUCUGUGGCCUCGAGCUACACAGUCUCGUGCUCAGCAGCCACCUGUGUGAAGGAAGCUGCAGCAACAUUAAGGCCUGGCUAUGCUCAGAAAAAAAUGAAUCUAUUUAUAGGGUCCUUAUCGUCGAACAAACAGAGCGCAACUGCUGUGCUACCCAACCAUCUGAGUGAAGAGAGGAGGAAGCUUUCAUUUUCUCAGGCGAGCAAGUGAUUUGGCCACUUGUGCAGUUAGAAGUUCACAAUCAAGGUUUUUGCUUCGUGAUGGAGUUUUCUGAGCACAUCAAGACCGCCAAUGUGGAGGAUGUUGUGCUCCGACAGACGCUCCACCCGCCGAGCAGAGGCACCCUGUGCGUCACCGGCCACCACCUGCUCUUCUCGGACAGGGAGGAGGGCAGCUGUCGGCAGGUUUUGCUGCUCCUCAGGAACAUCGAUGCCAUUGAGAAAAGUGUGGAAAACCUUUUGGCCUACUCCUGCCCCUUCUCUAACGCAGGCCACAGUCAAAGGAUAUCUGGAUCUUCAGGGACGAUUUCCAUUAAGUGUAAAGAUCUACGUGUGCUCCACCUUGACAUCCCGGGCAUGGAGCAGUGUCUCAAUAUUGCACGCUCUAUCGAGACCCUGUCCUGUCUGGAGGCUGUGUCGGAGAUGUAUCCUUUCUUUUACAGACCUUCUAAUGCCAGCCUGCAGGACCAGUGGGGUCUCUCGUCACCUGAAAAGCACUACAGUCAAAUGACAGAACUUCAUGACCGGUGGAGACUGAGCACCGUGAACAGACACUACUCAGUGUGUCCCUCUUACCCUCCAGCCGUCAUUGUCCCCAAGAACAUAGAUGACGCCAUGCUGGAGAAGAUAGCCAAAUUCAGACAGAGAGGACGCUUCCCUGUGCUCUGCUACUACCACAGGAAGAACGGCAUGGUAAUCAUGAGCAGUAGUCAGCCACUGACGGGAGCCAAUAGGAAACGCUGCAUGGAAGAUGAGUUCCUCCUCCAGGCUGUGAUUGACGGCUCAGACAAAGGUUACAUUAUCGACACACGCUCUAGUCAGCAGGCCCUGCAGGCCCGGAUCACAGGCGGAGGGUUUGAGUCCAAAUCGGGUUAUAGCAGCUGGAAGAGACUACACAGACAGAUGGAGAGAGGUAAAGCCCUGCAGGAGAGUCUGAUUAAACUGGUGGAGGCCUGUGGUGAUGAGUCCCAUAAUAUGGACCGUUGGCUCAGUAAGCUUGAAAAUUCAAAGUGGCUGUCUCACGUCCAAACUGCCCUGUCAACAGCUGGCCUGCUGGCAGAGUGUGUGGAGAGGGACGGUCAUUCAGUUCUGGUUCACGGCUCUGAGGGGACAGACUCCACUUUGCUCAUCAGCACUCUGGCGCAGCUCAUCAUGGACCCAUGCUGCCGCACACUGGAGGGCUUCCUGGCUCUGCUCGAGAGGGAGUGGGUGCAGGCAGGUCACCCAUUCCAGCAGCGUUGUUCCCACUCGGCCUACUCCCACGCCCGUCUCCAGCAGGAGUCGCCGGUCUUCCUGCUGCUGCUGGACUGUGUGUGGCAGCUGUGGCGUCAGUUCCCGCUGGCACUAGGCUUCUCUGAGGCGCUGCUCCUGAGGCUGGCGACAGAGGCCUACGCGUCUAACUAUGGCACCUUCCUGUGUAACAACCAGCAGGAGAGGUGUGUUCUGCGAGUGAAGGAGAACACUCGCUGUUUGUUCCAGGCCCUGUUGAGGCCCAGGGAGAGGGACGGCUACUCUAACCCCCUAUAUGAGCCCACUGAGCUGGCAAUCUGGCCCUCGGUCCACCCUCAGUCCCUGCAGCUUUGGAGAGGCUUCUUUCUGAGGUGGACCCCACAGGCUCGUCACCUUGAAGAGGCUCAGGAGGAAAUAAGGAACAUGAUCAUUGAGUGGGGGAAGUUGGCGCUCAGCUGAUGCCUAUCAGGACAUGAAGAAGUGAAGAUGGUGUAGAACAUGUUUUAAGGAGGAAUGUUACCAAUGUGCAAUGCCUUUUGACUGGAAUUGUUAUUUUUGACAACCUACUAUGUUGUAAUGUACAGUAUUUUUUUAUUCUUUCAUAAAAAUUGUAUAAAAAUGUA